GUGCUAUUCUUGGCCCGUCAGCAAACCCGCUUGGUUGCGCGCGCCGCCGCCCCUUGCUUGCAAGACUGUUCCUAUUCAAAGCCUCAGACUCUGUUCGCCAAAGCCACGUCACGGCGCCUCUCUUCUAACCUCUGCCGCCCUUGACUCCCGACAAAGAUAGGAUGCAAUUUCCUCUGGAACACAAUCUUCCACAACGACGGCUUCGGCCAUACCUUGAAAGCCACCGAGGCGUACGGAUACCGAGGACUCAGAGCUAAGUAGCCACGCCAUCAUGCACGGCCUCGCCUCCGUGGUGCCAGACGUCGUCUUAUCGUCAGCCUACCCGGAACCCGCCCGCAGAGGCCUGCUCACGAUCCUUUCUCGGCUGCAAGUGACAAGGCACCCGAUCAUUCGUACAGUUUGGCAUGCCAUGUUCCGUGUUCUACACUACGGAGAUGCACCAAGCUCUGGCAUGAGCUCUCUCCACAACAAUACCCGGCUCGAUGGAGGUCACCGUCGCAACCGGACGCUGUCAACACCAAGAGCUUGUCCGUCUCGCCCGGAUCACGAGAGGGCCAGAGAUCCCCGCUGCGAUGAUACCUCCGCCGGUUCCACCCUGCUUGGGUCCUGGGACGAUGACACGAUUACACGAUAGGCGAAGGUUGGUUUGGCCGCUGGCCAACAGGCGAAGAUCUUGUCCGUUGAACGGAUGUCAUACAAUGGAGCCGACUCCUUGCAACGUGAUAGGCCCAGUGAACAGACCAACGCACCCUGAUGAUUUGGCUGCAAUCCCCUAUUUGUUUUUGCAGCCUACCAGGAGCACGUCGCCACCGACCAUCGUGAACUACCUAUUGACGAGCCAAGAGAUGCCCGCUAGAGAAGUCAACUAUCAGCUAAUCGCCGAGGACAGCACAACAGGACUCCAUGAGACCAGAGUGACAACGCCGAUGGAGGAUUCGCCAGAGUUGUAGAGGCCGGCAACAUGGCCCCGUCCACCGAUGAUUGGCUCCGGC